AUGGAGAAGCAGCAUAACCACCCUCCUCCCGGGGUGACACCCGAAUUAGACGAUCUAAAGUUGAAGGAAGAAGCAACCCUGGCCCGGGAUGUCGGACUGGGACAAGUAUUGGAGGUGGAAGCCACGCCAGAGCAGGAACGCAAGGUCUUGCGGAAGCUGGACAUAAUAUUGAUUCCUCUGAUGGGAGUCUGUUACAUGAUGCAAUAUAUGGACAAGCUGGCUCUGAGUCAAGCUACCCUGUUCAAUCUUCGGCAGGAUCUGAACCUCAAGGGACAGGAGUAUACCUGGACAUCUGCCGUCUUCUAUUUCGGGUACUUUGCCUGGAGCUGGCCCAGCUCAUAUCUCAUCGUCCGUUUGCCCCUCGGCAAAUACAUUAGUGCCUCAGUAUUAAUAUGGGGAGGCAUCCUGAUGUGCCACGCUGCAGCAACGAACUUCGGAGGCUUGAUGGCCGCCCGAUUCUUCCUAGGAGUGGGCGAAGCCGCCAUAGCCCCGGGAUUCUCCCUCAUCACAGGCAUGUUCUAUAAGCGUGAGGAGCAGCCAGCACGGCAAUCUGCCUGGUUCCUCGGAAACUGCAUCGCCUCUGUCAUCGGCGGUGUCGUGGCCUACGGCAUUGGCAACAUCAAAGCCGACGCCGUAACUAGCUGGCAACUCCUCUUCCUCAUCCUCGGCGCCAUAACGGCAUUCAUAUCCUUCUUCCUCAUCGUCCUCCUCCCCGACUCCCCCAAGAAAGCCAUCUUCCUCACCAAACCCGAGCGCGCCAUCGCCAUGCACCGCACCCUCGCCAACAAAACCGGCGUCGCGGACGAGGGAUCCUUCAGAUGGGACCAAGCCUGGCAAGCAAUCCGCGACCCUCAAACCUGGUUCUUGGUUCUAUACACUUUCUCCGUGAACCUCUGCAACGGCGGAAUCACCAGCUUCUCCUCAAUAAUCAUCAACGGCUUCGGCUUCUCCCAAAUCCGCUCCCUCCUCAUGCAAAUGCCCCUGGGCGGCGCCCAAAUCGUCUUCCUCAUCCUCACCGCCGGCAUCGCGACCUUCAUCCCGCGCACGCGAAUCCUAAUGAUGAUCUUCAACACCCUAACCUCUCUGAUCGGCAUGGUUCUCGUCUGGAAACUGGAUGAAGAUAAUCGUCGAGGCAGACUGACGGGUCUGGCACUGGGCGCUGUCUUCGCUGUUAAUAUUCCCCUCUCGCUGAGCAUUAUCAGUUCGAAUGUCGCGGGGUUCACGAAACGAAGUACCACCAGCGCGUUGUUGUUUGUUGCGUAUUGUGUGGGGAAUAUUGUCGGACCGCAGUUCUUUUAUAGCUCGGAGGAGCCUUAUUAUCCGACGGGCAUGAAAGCGGCUACGUCGGGACUGGCGUUGGGGGCAUUCUUCCUGGUGUGUUUGCUGGGGUAUUAUAUUUGGGAGAAUAAGCGGAGGGACCGACUGUAUGGAGUUCCGGAGCAGAUGACGGAGAGUCAGGAGUUGGCGUUGGGGUUGUCGAGUAAGACAGAUUUGGAAAUUGAAGAUUUUAGAUAUGUUUUGUAG